UCCCACUCCGUUUUAACACACUCGGUUUAGUCCCGGGCAGAGACGUUCAUGCGCUCGGGCAAUAAGUGGACUCUAGACGGCGGAGUUAAAGACUUCAGACGAAAGGACAGAAGCAAACAGACAGUAUACGCUGCAUUUUGUUGUCGUAUUCUCUUUAGCUUUUAAAACCAGGUGGAAUCGGGCACAGUGAACGACACAGACACAGACAUGUGUAACCGAGCAGAAAGAUGCCGGGAGGAUCUAGGCUGGUGGGCUUAGGAGCUCUGUAUGCGCACUCAACCUGAAAUCAGUGUCUUUUGCAUCUAUAUGAAAGUUUGAGCUGAGCACAAUGGCAUCCAGUCUUACAUGUACAGGUGUGGUUUGGGCCCUGUUGUCCUUCCUUUGUGCAGCUACAUCCUGCAUAGGCUUCUUCAUGCCGUACUGGCUGCUUGGGUCACAAAUGGGUAAACCGGUGUCGUUUGGAACCUUCCGUCGCUGUUCGUACCCCGUAAGGGAUGAGGCCCGUGGUGGGACGGUUAUGUUGGAGCAGUGUGGGCGUUAUGCCUCCUUUCAGGGGAUCCCGAGUCUGGAGUGGAGGAUCUGCACGGUGGUGACGGGGACAGGAUGUGGAUUGCUGCUCCUGGUGGCUCUCACAGCAAUCAUGGGAUGCUGUGUUACAGAUCUAAUCUCUCGCACCAUCGGUCGAGUGGCAGGAGGGAUACAGUUUGUGGGAGGGCUGCUGAUCGGAUCGGGAUGUGCCCUGUACCCUUUAGGGUGGGACAGUGAAGAGGUCAGACAGACUUGCAGCAACAGCUCUGACCAGUUCGAUCUUGGUUCUUGUGAGAUCGGAUGGGCUUAUUACUGCACCGGGGCUGGAGCAGUGGUGGCCAUGCUGUUGUGCACAUGGAUGGCAUGUUUCGCAGGGAAGAAACAGAAACAUUACCCUUACUAAACAUGUGGAAGACAAAACAAUAGAGGAAACUGUAAACAGCACAUAUAUGGGCAUGACUUUCAUUCUGCGAUUCAAAGAGCUUCUACAUCCAGUGCACUUCCCGAACGCAAAUCAUAUACAAGGAGACAUGACUGAACGAUGACCUUUCCGCUGCAGUUCCCACUUGAGAAUUGCUUAUGGGACCUGCUUUAGGAUCUUUUGCAUUUUAAGUGGUGCCAGUAUCAUUAAAAAGGAAUAUAUGUCAAACGACCUAUUGA